UACAGUUGUCCUUAUUAUGACCAGACAGGCUAUUCCCACCCCCCCACACAAACAGCAACACAUGCACAUCCUCAUGCACACAAGCGCACACCGGCUGGAUCGAUGCACUGUGCCAUAAGAGAGCUGUGUGUGAUGGGUAGCGAGCAGGGGGAUGGGUCAGUGUGCUGCUGCCUGCCUUCUGUCUUUCUGUGUUUUCUCGUCUUCUCUCAAGCGCUGGCAGCAGCAGCAGCUCACUGUUGCUGCAGUCUGUGGAGAAUAUCCAUCUAACUUAGAGAUUAGAGAAGCAGUCGUCAUCCGUAUCUGUUUAAACUGAGUGGAUGUUUCACUAUUAGGUGGUGUACAGUCUCAGUGUCUCUGAUCCUCUUCCAGCUGUCAGCAACAAAGAGUUGUCCUGAAGAGGAAAAGGUGGUUGACUUUCUGGAUAAGAGAUGGAUGUGGCUCGCGGAUUCUAUCGUCAGGUGGAUGUCCAUGACCAUGCACACUACAUAGUGGCCUUUUUUGUCCUGGUAAUUGGAACAGUGGGAGUUACUGGGAACGCCUUGGUCAUGUACGCCUUUUUCUGUAACAAAAAACUACGGACGCCCCCCAACUUUUUCAUCAUGAACUUGGCAGUCAGUGACUUCCUCAUGGCGAUUACACAGUCACCCAUCUUCUUUGUGAACUCUCUCUACAAGGGUUGGAUUUUUGGUGAAACAGGCUGUAAAAUAUAUGCAUUCUGUGGGGCUUUAUUUGGAAUCACGUCAAUGAUAAACCUUCUGGCCAUCUCAGUAGACCGCUACAUUGUUAUCACCAAGCCUCUGCAGGCCAUACGAUGGACCUCUAUGAGACGCACUUGCCACAUUAUAGCCUUGGUCUGGAUGUAUUCACUGGCCUGGAGCCUCGCGCCACUUUUGGGCUGGAGUUCGUACAUACCAGAGGGACUGAUGACUUCAUGCACAUGGGACUACGUGACAUCUACUCCGGCCAACAAAAGCUACACUUUGAUGCUGUGCUGCUUCGUGUUCUUCAUCCCUCUGGGCAUUAUAUCCUAUUGUUAUCUGUGCAUGUUCCUGGCAAUUCGUCAGGCAAGCAGGGAUGUUGAGAAGCUGGGUUCUCAGGUGAGGAAGUCAGCCCUGAUCCAGCAGCAGUCCAUCAAGACUGAAUGGAAGCUGGCGAAGAUCGCCUUUGUGGUCAUCAUAGUGUUUGUGCUUUCCUGGUCGCCCUAUGCAUGUGUCACCCUCAUCGCCUGGGCUGGAUAUGGAAGCAUUCUCAAUCCCUAUUCCAAAGCUGUCCCCGCUGUUAUAGCCAAAGCAUCGGCCAUCUACAACCCCUUUAUCUACGCCAUCAUUCACUCCAAAUACAGGGACACCCUUGCAGAGAAGGUCCCCUGUCUACAUUUCCUUGCCCAGCCCCCCAGGAGGGACUGCAUAUCAGUGUCACACAGCGAGUCCUCCCUCAGGGACUCAAUGCUGAGCAGACAGUCAUCCGUCUCCAAAGCCAAGUUCCACAGAGUCUCCUCCAUGUCUACAACAGACACACAGGUUUGGAGUGAUGUAGAACUGGACCCUAUUGACCAGAGUAUGAGGUCCAGCUAUUCCCUUGCAGCUCUGGGGGACAAAGAGUACCCGUCAGUGACUAAACAGACCAAGGAAAUGAGAAACCAAAGCCAGGAACAGGUAAGGCUGCCUUCCCAGAGCAAGGUUCACUGAACAGAUGUGACCACAAUAUAUGGCCCGAGUCUCUCAACAAAAUAAUACCUCUGGCCUGGGAGAGGAAAGGGGAGGAUAAUCUUGAGAGCUGGAAAAAGAGAAGAAGCAGGAAGGUG